AUGGCUGAUGUACUUUUUGGAGAAAUUAAAGAAAGUGUCGCAGCCAACAAAAAGCAAAGCAAAAUGAAUGUGAUGACAUCUCUUGUUGGAGGGAAAGUACUUAAGAAGUACAGAUGUGUGUCGGGUUUGAACAAGGCUACAGGUUUGUCACGAAGAAGUUUAUCUCGGACCACCUCUAAGGUAAUAGAGAUUCGAGGAAGAGCCCGUCUCACUCUCGUAAGAGAGCAGAUUAAGAGACUAAUUGUCUCAUUCAUGGAGAGAGAUGAUAUCAGCGUAUGUAUGCCAGGCAAAGCAGAUUCCAAGAGCCUAAAUGGUGUCAAACAUCAAACAAGAAUAAUGAAUGAUUAUCUGUCUGAGGUGUAUGCUAAGUUCAAGAUUGAAAACCAGAAUAUGAAACUGUCUUUUGCAUCAUUCUGUAGGCUACGGCCCAGAUACAUCUUGCUCACAUCACACAUUUCAAGAAACACUUGCUUAUGCAACAAACAUCAGAAUAUGGCCAUGAAACUCAAAUGUCUGAGAAGUGUUGGAUUACAAGUUCCAAAAUCACCGGAUAUGGCGUAUGACAGUGUAUCCGUGGACGCAAUGGAUCAGAUGCUGGAAACUAUUCAGGAUGACGUUGAAUAUGAUGAGUGGAGGCGUGUGGAUGUUGAGGGGAAAAAGAAAAUGAAGGUGGUGAAGAUAAUAAAGAAUGCCACUGACUUCAAGAAUUAUAUGCUACUUGAAUUUGCUGAGUUCCGUGACCACGUUGGAAGAGUAAAGUCGCAAUAUGCAGCUAUCCAUGAGUUGAAGGAUACACUCCCAGAUGGCCAUAUCAUCAUACAGAUGGACUUUGCUGAGAACUUUACAUGUUCCAGCAUGGAUGAAAUCCAAAGUGCAUACUGGAACCCAACAAAUGUCACGCUUCACCCUGUAGUGGUAUACUACAAGUUGGACAUACUGGUACACAAAAACUUUAUCUAUGUGUCUGAUGUCAAUCAGCACAACUCGACUGCGGUACUUACAAUCCUCAAACUGAUGUUACCUGAACUGAACACCACUUUCCCUUAUGCAACGCAUGUUCACUAUUGGACUGAUAGCCCGUCAUCACAGUACAGAAAUCGGUACAUGUUUGAUGUCAUUCUGAAGCAUAAGGAGCUGUUUGGGCUUGAGGCACGUUGGAACUAUUUUGAGUGUGGACACGGGAAAGGUCCAUGUGAUGGACUAGGAGGUGCAUGUAAACGCCAGGCAUCUGAUGCAGUAAAACAAGGCAAAGCGACAAUUCAAGAUGCCCACGAUUUUUAUCACACAAUCAAAAAUCAAUCCAAUACAGAUUCUACUCUACUGCUGAAAUUUCUGGCUGCCAUAUAUGAUGGUAACUGGUUCAUCGGGAAGGUUCUCGAAGUUGACAUAGAUGAUGGCGAUACCAAAAAAACUUUCAUGGAGAAAACACAAGACAAAGGCAAGACCUACAAGUGGCCAUCUCGUCCUGAUGAAAUUUGGAUAGAAUUUGACGAUGUGCUCUGCUUUAUUGAUGAACCGGUCGCUAUUGGCAAAACAAGGCGCCAGUACAACGUAGCUGCACGUGACGUCGCCCGUAUUGAGAAGGCAUUCAAAUGA